CACUCUCCACACGGAUAAAGAGGAGCCGCUGUGUUAGAGAGCGAGUCCUGCGCGUGAUUCUUCCGGACCGGAGAAGUACGAAGGCCUACAUUCGUUCAGAAAAACCGAUGGAAUAGGAAACAAUAACGGAGACGCCUUUUUUUUCAGACAUGGUGAGGCAGUAAACCAGGAAAAAAGGCCAUGCAAGUACAGCCGAAGAUGGAACUCUACUGAGAAGAUCUCCUAGUUUCGCUACAGCAGAACAACAAUGGAGAUUACCUACUCCACCGACACCGGAAUAUUUCAGCUCUCAUCGAGUCAAUGAGGCAACUCUAGCUGUUGUAACAAACACCUAUUUCUCCCCGAGACACAGUGACAUCAUUCUGUUCUUGCAAUGUUUCUGGCUGGGCUUAAGACAAUGGAUCUUGCUUGGUUUGUGCUUUCCAUGCUAACAACAUGUACAGCUAUCAACAUGCAGUCAGCAGGCAGCCACAGCACCUUCACGUGUGAGCCCAUCAUGCUGCGGAUGUGCCAGGGUCUCCCCUACAACACCACCUUCAUGCCCAACCUGCUCAAUCAUUACGACCAGCAAACUGCAGCCCUUGCAAUGGAGCCCUUCCACCCGAUGGUGAACCUGGACUGCUCGGCUGACAUGCGUCCAUUCCUCUGUGCCCUCUACGCGCCCGUGUGUAAGGAGUAUGGCCGUGUAACCCUGCCAUGUCGCCAGCUGUGCCAGCGGGCCAAGAGUGACUGCUACAAGCUCAUGGACAUCUUUGGAUUAAACUGGCCUGAAGAGAUGGCCUGCAACCGGUUUCCUGAAUGUGACGAGCCGUAUCCACGAGCUGAGGACCUCCUGUCGAGUGCUAACUCUACAGCGGAAUCUCCCCUAUCUGUACAACGUGACUAUGGCUUCUGGUGCCCGCGCGAGCUGAAGGUCGACCCUGAGCUGGGCUACAGGUUCCUAGGUGUUCGUGACUGCUCACCCCCAUGCCCAAAUAUGUACUUCAGCAGGGAUGAGCUUGUCCUUGCCCGCUACUUCAUCGCUGUGGUGUCCAUCAUCUGCCUGUCCGCCACGCUUUUCACUUUCCUUACCUUUCUUAUCGACAUGGGUCGUUUCCGCUACCCGGAGCGUCCCAUUGUCUUCUACUCCGUGUGCUACAUGAUGGUAUCGUUGGUCUUCUUCUUGGGCUUCCUGCUGGAGGAGCGCGUGGCAUGCAACAAGGCGGCACCAGGACAUUUCCGUGCUGCCACUGUCACACAGGGCUCACAUAACAAAGCAUGCACGCUGCUCUUUAUGGCCCUCUACUUCUUUACCAUGGCUGGCAGUGCGUGGUGGGUUGUGCUCACUGUCACAUGGUUCCUGGCUGCUGUACCCAAGUGGGGAAGCGAGGCGAUCGAGAAGAAAGCACUGCUCUUCCACGCAGUAGCCUGGGGACUGCCCGGCGUGCUAACUGUCACACUCAUGGCGCUGAACAGGGUGGAGGGUGACGGUGUGAGUGGUGUGUGCUUUGUGGGUCUUUACGAUCUCACCGCUUUGCGCUGGUUCCUCCUGGCCCCUCUAGCUCUGGCUGUGACUGCUGGAGUUGUGCUGCUGUUGGCUGGCAUUGUGGCACUGAACCGUGUCCGUAUGGAGAUCCCCCUGGACAAGGAGAAUCAAGACAAGCUGGUAAAGUUCAUGAUCCGCAUAGGCGUGUUUUCCGUGCUGUACCUGGUGCCGCUGCUGACGGUGAUUGGCUGCUUCAUGUACGAGCAGAGCUACAGGCCAGUGUGGGAGAUAACAUGGGUGCAGGAGCAGUGCAGAAACUACCACAUCCCCUGCCCGUUCAAGGUGGAGCAGAUGAGCAGGCCAAAUGUUGCCCUGUUCCUCAUUAAGUACUUGAUGAUGCUGGUGGUGGGCAUCCCCUCUGUCUUUUGGGUGGGCAGUAAGAAGACCUGCUUUGAGUGGGCCAGCUUCUUUCAUGGCCAUCACAAAAAAGACAGUGUGGUGCACGACAGUAAACAGGUGCUGCAGGAGCCUGACUUUACUCAGCUGCUGCUCCGCGAGCCUGGAGUUACCGUGGUGCGUCAAUCCCGUGGCACCUCCACACAGGGCACCUCCACCCAUGCCUCCUCCACCCACCUGGCCAUGCUGGAUGAGGCACACAGCGGUAGCAGCCGUCCGAGCAGCAUGCACAGCAAAGCCAGCAGUUUCCACAGCAGCCGGCGCCAGUCUCACGACGGCAGGUACACAGCCUGUACUGUCCAUGGUGCAGAGGCGCUCCGCCUCCCCCACGUCAGUGUAUCCCGCCUGCAUGAGCAGCUUCAGCAAAGCAGCACAGUUCGAUUGGACUGUCAAUCACGACAUGGCGGAUCACAGCGCCUAGACAGCCAGUCACGACACGCCAGCAUCCGGGACCUCAGCAGCACGCAGCCGGCAGCCCAAAGCGGCCCUGUUAACGGUAUCCACUCCGUCACCGACGAAAUCGGAGGCACUCCUUGAACUUUACAAACGCCGAGUUUAUAAACGUUCAUGCUGAAGAGGUUUUUCCUGCUCAGGGAUGACAAACGGACGCCAUCAAACAGAACUGCAAGCCCUGAUACAGCAUUAAAUGCAGACGCAGCAGGAAGUUUAGGAAAGCUCUUUGAUGGAAGAGCUUCAAUAUCGACAGGAAUUUCCUUAUUGUAUAUUAUACUAUACUUCCAGCCUAUGUACAUUAUUGUGAUGGAAAUCUGACGUCACAGGUUAGUGGUGCACUGUGGAAGGCUUCGAUUGAAC